AUGGAGAGAACACGCAUUGCUAAGGUUGAAGAUGUGACCUUGGCACGACGUGGUGAACAAGUCGUUGGCACACUCCACCUCACCCCUCACCAUCUUAUCUUCUCCCACAUACCUGCGGCGUCCGACACUGCGCAGACACAGGGGGUAAAUAUCCGGCCAAAGGAGCUCUGGAUCACUUAUCCGAUUAUUUCACAAUGCACCCUGCGCCCGAUUCCUGCUGCAUCGCGUCAGCCGUCGUCGAUUCGCUUGCGAUGUCGUGAUUUUACCUUUGUCUGUUUCUAUUUGGCAACUGAGAACAAGGCCCGCGAUGUAUAUGAUAGCAUCAAACAAUGGACAUGCAAGCUCGGUCGGAUCGAUAAACUCUACGCCUUUGCGUACCAACCUCCUCCGCCUGAGCGAGAAUUCAACGGCUGGGACUUGUAUAAUCCUCGCAAAGAGUGGGCCCGGCAGGGUGUGGACCAGGAAGGCCAUGGCUGGCGCAUCUCUCAGAUAAACUCCGACUACGCGUUUUCCCCGACUUAUCCGGCUAUUCUACCAGUACCCUGUACAAUCUCGGAUAACACUCUCAACUAUGCGGGACGAUAUCGCUCUAGGGCGAGAGUGCCUGUCUUGACAUAUCUUCACCCUGUUAAUAAAUGUUCGAUUACGAGAAGUUCACAACCACUCGUGGGUGUCCGUCAGAACCGAAGCAUCCAGGAUGAAAAGCUACUAGCAGCGAUAUUUUCUACGUCCCGUUCAGAGAGGCCUUUGUCCGGUUUUAAUACGCCACAGUUGGAAUCGGAGUCUUCGUGGUCCAGCCAGGGUGAUGCCCCAUCUAGUCAGACACGGUCUGAUUUGACGAAUGCCGAGGAACUAGAAGAUGAGAUGCUGGCGUCAUAUCAAGAAGCCCCAGAGGAGAAACACCAAGUUUACGGUGCGCAGCAGAGCAAUUUGAUUGUUGAUGCACGGCCGACAGUAAAUGCAUUUGCCAUGCAGGCUGUUGGUCUUGGUUCGGAGAACAUGGACAAUUAUAAGUUUGCGACUAAGGCAUAUCUUGGAAUCGACAACAUCCACGUGAUGAGAGAUUCGCUAAAUAAAGUGAUUGAUACAUUGAAAGAUUCGGAUGUCACUCCUCUGGGACCAAACAGAGACCAACUUGCGCGAAGUGGAUGGUUGAAGCACAUUGCGGGCAUCCUAGACGGUGCUAGUUUAAUUACUCGUCAGGUCGGCCUUCAUCAUUCCCAUGUCUUGAUUCAUUGCUCGGAUGGAUGGGACCGUACAGGUCAAUUGAGUGCGUUGAGUCAAGUAUGCCUUGAUCCCUACUAUCGUACGCUUGAAGGGUUUAUGGUACUAGUGGAGAAAGACUGGUUGUCUUUUGGACACAUGUUUCGACAUCGAUCAGGUCAUUUGAACAGCGAGAAAUGGUUUCAGAUUGAGAACGAGAGAAUUGGAGGUGAUUCCAACCGUGCCUUCGGAGAUGCUGGUGGUGCAGGCAAAGCCAUCGAAAACGCCUUCCUCAGCGCCAAAGGAUUCUUCAAUAGAGAAAACACAAGUCGGGACUCUCUUGCUGAAUCCGAUGGAGAUGUACAAAACUACGAAUCAGAUAGCCCUGGAAUGCGGAAGCCAACUACGGCCCCGAGAACAAUCGUUUCCGAAAAGGAGGUUACCAAGGUCAAGGAGACGAGUCCGGUUUUCCACCAGUUCCUUGAUGCAACCUACCAACUGCUGUACCAAUACCCGACUCGCUUCGAGUUCAAUGAGCGCUUUCUUCGGCGUUUGCUUUACCAUCUCUACUCUUGCCAGUUCGGUACGUUCCUCUUUAACAGCGAAAAGGAACGAGUGGAAGCAAAAGCGAGGGAACGCACUCGAAGCGUGUGGGACUAUUUCCUUGCUAGGCGGGACCAGUUCCUAAAUCCAAACUACGAUCCCCUGAUCGAUGACAACAAGCGCGGGAAAGAGCGUCUUAUUUUCCCACGGGUCAAUGAAGUCAGAUGGUGGAAUGAGGUAUUCGGCCGAACUGAUGCAGAGAUGAACGGAGCUCGUCCAUCUCAUACUACCAUCUCCCCUGCCCGUGAUACAUCUACCUCUGGUGCUCAGAGAACCCCCGUUGUUACAGGCAUUGAAACGGCCAAUGAAUCCUUGGGCAGCGGAGUCUCUGGCAAAGAGACUAGCUCCUCGGCCGGGAUGGCUGCCGUUACUGCAGGAAUCUCAAGCCUGGCCUUUACCAAAAACAAAGAAAAUGGACAGGGAUCUGGAAAAAUGGAUGCGAUGGAGGUUGAGAUGCAGUGA